ACCGCGCAGAACAUCACGAUCAGGCCCUUGCCUUGUCCGGGUUACUUUUUCUCCUUCGACGCGCAAGUCAGCCCGAAUUACGAGAUAAUUUUCGCGAUUCAGUUCUUCUCGGGAUUAGUUACCUUCUCGAUUACGACAGGUGUGUGUGGUCUCACAGCGGUCUUUGUGAUGCACGCUCGCGGCCAGUUAAAAAUACUGAUGAAGCUAAUGACACAUCUUGUCGAGGAGCAGUGGCAUGAGAAAUACAAUGUUGAUCGGAAGCUGGCCGAAAUUGUCGACUAUCAAAUACGGAUACGGAAUUUUUUACAAUUAGUGGAGCAUACUAUGCAACAAGUAUGUUUGAUAGAAUUAAUGGGUUGCACCAUAAUCAUCUGCAUUCUAGGAUAUUGUAUAAUAAUGGAAUGGAAGAACAGUAACACAAUAGCUAUGUGCUCUUAUUUCAUAACACUCACAUCCAUGAUAAUAAAUGUGUUUAUGUUUUGUUACACUGGUGAACAGCUCACGACUGAGGCGGAGAAUGUGGCUAUUACAUCGUGCGAGCUCGAGUGGUACCGUCUUCCGUAUAGGAAAGCACGCGGCAUCGUGCUUGUGAUGAUCAUGUCCAACUCGCCAACCAAGAUCACCGCCGGAAAGAUCAUGGAUUUAUCCUUCAAGACAUUUGGUGACGUGGUUAAAACAUCUAUGACGUAUUUUAAUAUGCUUCGAAACGUAACCGAUUGA